AGAAACCACAACACACCGUGUCCCAGGGCUACGCACACAUUGUUCACACACCCCGCACACAUACACCACUGGAUGGUCAUUACCCGUUAUCAAUCGCUCAGCGUUAGACAGUGUAGGGUUCUACUUCCUCCCUUCAGAGUUGUACAUUUCAUGGACGAUCCGCCUAAAGCGUAAGUACCAGAUGUCUAAAACGAAGGUGGUCAGUGAUGGCGAGUUCUUCAGAUCUGAGAAUUGUCUACAGCCAGUUUCUUCUGCUGACAGUUUCAGGUUUCCCUGCAUACGGCCCCGGGAGUCACGUGACAUCUGAAACCGUUGCCUCUAACCAGUCCGAGUUUAUCCAGACCGUGACGCUGAGUGGCAUCGUCCUGACAGUCAUCAUUUUCCUCCUGGCGCUCUGUGUCAGAGGCAGGAAAGAAGAAGCGAAUGAUGGGGUACAGGACGUCUAUGCUGUUCCGAACAAACAAGCAAAGAAAAAAUCCAAACGUGACGAAAAAACAGAGGGCAAGGGCGAGAAAACAGGAGAUGAUGUGAUGCAGGUCAACGCCCUGUACACGGAGUACAAGGAAAGUAAGAAAGUAUCUAGGAAGGUUCAGAAAGCAAAGAAAGGGAAACAAAAGAAGACAGAAGCUGUGUACGAAAACGUCGAACAGAAUACGGAUAACACUGCUGAAAGAGUACAAGACGUAUAUGCAAAACCGAACAAGAAAGCUAAGAAAAAGACAAAACGAACACAAGAACGUCAGACUGCCCAGACGUAUGAAAACGUGGAGAUCUGAAAAUGACCGAAUGAGUGUUCGGUGAGCGCCAUGAACUUGGACCUUACAUGGACACGACCACCUCGUCACAAACACACCUUAUCUCUUGGCUCCACACAGUGACUCCGUCAGUGAAUCAGGUCUUUGGAUAGACAAAUUCCAUGGUACUCGUAAUUGUGUCCUUUACACAAACCGGUAUUCGAAGAUUUGGAUGAUGACGUAUUACCUCCUGAACUGUGCUCAGGGUGCCGUUGUACAAAGCGAUCUCAGGGCUGAGGUGAUCGUAACUCUGAUACCUUAACAUAGACUUACGACUGUCGUAAUGUUAAGGUUGUUUUGUACAACGGCGCCCUGCUUUACAAGUCAACGCUGCUUUCUUUUAAAUAGCCAUAGAUACAGUUACAUUUCACUCCGUACGAGGUGACUAAUGGGACCGGAUGGCCAAGCUCGCUGACUUUGGUAGUAGACACAUGUCAUGGUGUCCCAACUGCACAGAUCGAUGUUCAUGAUGUUGAUCACUGGAUUGUCAGGCCCAGAUUUGAUAUUUAUUUACAGACCGCCGCCAUAUAGCUGGAAUAUUGCUGAUUGUGGCGUUAAGCAACAAUUUGACCAAAUUGAAGAGUUAUCUGAAGUUAACUGAAGGACAAUACAAGAAAUACUGAAUAUAUAUCAUAACAUCUACGCGCAUGUAAAAUUGGGAGUAAAACAUAUAGACCACCAGAUGUACUUCCUGCCUUGCUGAAAUGUUUCUGAAUCUGCUCUAUUUAGCAAAACAAUAUUAUUUGGCCGAGAAGUGUAACAUAAGGUUCACGUGUAUCAAUGAUCUGAUAUCGUUUAAUAACCAUCAAACGGCCAAUUUAGUUUCACUGCUGUUUUCUCCUCAAGUACAAAUACAGGGGCACAAGUACGAUCACCUCAUAUGUUUCAUAUUUAGAUGUAUACAUAAAGAUUCAGAAGGACAA